CAGCAGCCGCCGCCCGCAGCCCGCGCCGGCUCAGCGCAGUGUCCUCGCUCUCGUGCCCGCAGGUGCCUCCUCCUGGACGGCGGCAGCGGCGGCGCGGGGACCCGGUGGGCAGCAGAGCGAUGGGACCCCUUCGAGAGACCAAGAAGGAGCAGAGAGUGCAGCAUCAUGAGAAGGAGAUUACCCGAAGCCGAAUUCCCCGUUUGAUUCUUCGGCCCCAUCUGCCCCAGCAACAGCACAAAGUGUCCCCAGCUUCUGAGUCUCCCUUCUCUGAGGAAGAGAGCAGAGAGUUCAAUGCCAGCAGCUCUGGGCGCUCAGCGAGGACCAUAAGCAGCAACAGCUUCUGCUCAGAUGACACAGGCUGUCCUAGCAGCCAAUCGGUGUCUCCCGUAAAGACGCCCUCUGAUACUGGAAACAGCCCUGUUGGCUUUUGCCCUGGAAGUGAUGAAGACUUUUCCAGAAAGAAAUGCACAGUUGGAAUGGUUGGUGAAGGAAGCGUCCAGUCAUCUCGAUAUAAGAAGGAACCAAAGUCAGGCCUUGUAAAGCCAGGUAGUGAAGCGGAUUUUAGCUCCUCGAGCAGCACGGGCAGCAUUUCGGCCCCUGAGGUCCAUAUGUCUGCGGCGGGAAGCAAGCGGUCCUCUUUUUCACGCAACCGAGGUCCCCAUGGGCGGAGUAAUGGAGCUUCGUCAUACAAGUCUGGCAACAGCCCACCCUCCCCACGGGAGAAGGACUUUCUGUCCAUGCUGUGCAGGAAUCAGCUGAGUCCCGUUAACAUCCAUCCCAGUUACGCGCCUUCCUCCCCAAGUAGUAGCAACUCCGGCUCCUACAAAGGAAGCGACGGCAGCCCAGUCAUGAGGCGCUCUGGAAGGUACAUGUCCUGUGGUGAAAAUCAUGGUGUCAAGCCCCCAAAUCCAGAGCAAUAUUUGACUCCUCUGCAGCAGAAAGAGGUCACAGUGAGGCACCUGAAGACCAAGCUGAAGGAAUCUGAGCGCCGACUUUAUGAAAGGGAAAGCGAGAUCGUGGAGCUCAAGUCCCAGCUGGCCCGCAUGAGGGAAGACUGGAUUGAGGAAGAGUGCCACCGCGUGGAAGCCCAGCUGGCCCUGAAGGAAGCCAGGAAAGAGAUCAAACAGCUCCGACAGGUCAUCGAAACGAUGCGGAGCAGCUUGGCUGAUAAAGAUAAAGGCAUUCAGAAGUACUUUGUGGACAUAAACAUCCAAAACAAGAAGUUGGAGUCCCUGCUUCAGAGCAUGGAGAUGGCGCACAGCGGCGCUCUGAGGGAUGAACUGUGCCUGGACUUCCCGUGCGAUUCCCCGGAGAAGAGCUUACCCCCCAGCACCCCUUUCGGCAAGAUGGCGGAUGGGCUGUCUCUGGAGGCGCAGGGCAUGGAGGAGGGGGCUGGCAGCGAGCUGCUGGUGGGAGAUGGUAUGGCCGACGGCACGGAUCUGUUUGAUGGCAUGGUGACGACCGCCGCCGCCGCCGCCGCCACCACUGAGGCCCCCGACCUGGAGCUUCUUCGAUCAGCCCCCGGGGCCCAGGCCCUCGGGCUCCUCCCCCUGGCCGGGGCCCAGGAAGAGGCCCGAGCGCUGGUGGAGCGGGCCGUGCAGACCGACGUGGUGCCCUACAGCCCUGCGGUCUCGGAGCUCAUUCGGCAUGUGCUCAAGCUCCAGGACCCCUGUCCCUCGGGCUCAGCCUCUCCUGAUGAGUCCGGGGCUGACUCGACACAAAGCUUCCCCGAGUCCAUCUCCGCAUUCCUGGUUGAUCUAACGCCAAGAAAUCCCAACUCCGCCAUCCUUUUGUCUCCCGGGGAGACGCCGUCCGCCGCGGUGGGUACGGAAGCCCCUGCAAACCGCCUCAUGAGAGAGCUGGAUUUUGCAGGCUCCACGGAGGAGAGACUGGACGGCGUCCGCCCGCUGCCCCCGGGGGCCGUCGGGAGGCAGUACUGGAGCAGCAGCUUCCUGGUGGAUCUCCUGGCCGUGGCUGCCCCGGUGGUGCCCACGGUUCUGUGGGCAUUCAGUACUCAGAGAGGGGCGACCGAUCCCGUCUACAACAUCGGAGCGCUGCUGCGGGGCUGCUGUGUGGUCGCCCUGCAUUCGCUCCGCCGCAGCGCCUCCCACGGCAACACCUGAAGACAAGUUGUCCCGUGGGGCGUGCUGCCCGGCGGGGAGACAGCGGGUCGACCUGGGGCGGUCUCUAGUCUGUCGUUUUGCUCCUCGGUAUUUGAUUUGCACUAUAUUUAGUUGACACCUGUUCACUGUUUAAAACCGGAGGUAUCUUCAAAGGCAUGGAGACGUGGUUCAAGUUAAAUGUCCCACCAGUGGUAGAGAAAGCAUGCUCCUGACCCUGCCGUGUCGUCCGAGGUACCCGUGCUUAUCCUAGUGGUUCAGGAAGAGAAAAUGCAGAGUUUGCACUUUCAAGACAGCUUCUGUAAGGCUGGCAUGUUAGCUCCUUGCUUUGCUUUGUGCCCUUUUAAAAUGUGUAAUUGUUACAGCAUUCCAGUGGUCUUGUGCACAGCAGGGGACUGUAACCAAAAAUAAAACUGUAUUCGUGUAAUUGGUUUGAA